GCGAGGGACGGAUAAAGCGCUCGGUCUCAUUCAGGCUCUCUGUGCCUGGGUUAGUGUGUUGUCUCGGAGCACAAUGCUCAGUCUCCGCGUCUCAGCGACCUGCCACUGUCAGUAAACUACACCAAAGCCCUGAUGCGGUUGUUCAGGUCAGCCAUGUGUGGAUUAGGCGCUCUGUGACAGUGCUGUGAGCGUUCAGAGCUGUUCUCCGUGUGCAGGAGUGUGUGGGGUCGCUGCGCGCCAGGCGCCCUGAUGCUGCGGGGAGGGAGGAACAAAUCGCCAUUGUCCAACAAAACAGCUCGCUAGCUGCUAAAACACAUGAGAAACAUGACCUCGACGCUGCUUUACCGCCUCCUCAUCCUCCUCGUCCUCUUCCUCAGCAUCCAGAGCACCGUUUCAUUCGAGGUGACGUUACGGCAUGACGACUGCAUCAUGAUGACUCUCGAACCCUCGGAUCUGAGGGAUAACGUCACUGCAUACGCUGCCAGGAUAUCUGGAGAGCCUCACAACCACAUCCUUCCCUUCCAUAGUUCCAGCGACGGCCAACUGGCUCCUGUUAUCCUUCUUUAUAACACCACCUACCACGGGCUCUGUUACACCAUCAGCCUUCUACUGGCCAACGGCUCCACAUGGACCAAACCGGUCAAGACUGUGACUCUGCUGACAAAGCCUCUUCCACUGGAGAGCGUGCAGAUUUCAGACUACCAGCCAGAUCCGGAGACUGGCGUGGUGUUCGAGCUGCGUUGGCCGGAGAGAAACAGCUUCAGCCGCGUGAACAUCAGCUACUCUGAGGACAGAGAGCAGCGCUUCAUACUCUACAAAGAUUUUCAGAAAGGUAAAACGGUUUUUAAGCACUGGCUGCCUGGAACAUGCUACAGCAACAUCACCUUCCAGCUCAUCUCUGAAGCCACGGUCAACAAAAGCACCCUAAUAGAAAAAAGCGACGUAAUCCACGAGCCACAUCAUCACAGGACAGUACCCACCCCUCCUCUCAACGUGUCUCUCAAGAUCGUUCCGCUCAACAGAAGAGUGACAAACUGGGGUGAAAAGGCGACCCAGGACACCCGUCUGCCACGAAAAGCGCGCAGCGUUUCCCAGAUGGAGGUACCGCUUGAAACCGAAGUGCGAGGCAAAGAGGAAGGUCCCAGAGCCAAAGAGAAGUCGCAAAUGGUUACCCAGCCACCUCUUUCUACCUCUGAGAGCCUAAACAGCAGCUCGGCGCCAUUCGUUAACGUCGUCAAUGACGUGUACACGCCUACUGCAGAAAGCGUGCCCACUAACACCAGUGACGUGUCAGAGAGCGAGAAUUCCACAGCAUCCUACUGGCCAAUGGGGCGCCCCUCCCCCACCGAGGGAGAGUACGAGUUUGUGAACGGAGUGGCUCCAGAGUAUGAAGACACAAAGGAGCUAGGCUCAGCCAUGGAUCCUAGCCCAGGGUCCAGCGAGGGAUCCAACAAACCCCCUUCUAUUCUGCUGGAGCUUCGCUGGUUGCCUCCUCCACCACCCACCACAGUCGAUGGCUUUAACGUCUACAUCUACCGAGACGGUAACAAGAGUGAAACGACAACAGUGGAAGAGACCACUCACGAGUUCUUUACCGAGCUGUCAGAGCCUGGGACGUACCAGGUCCAAGUGACCACCAUCAGCUCCUCGGGAGAGUGCGAGCCCAGAGAGAGCGCGUCACAUCCAGGCUUUACCUUCUACCUCAGUCCUACAGGCGAGUGGCUGGAGCAGCCCAACGAGCGCCCACAGGGGGUGAGUGUGAAAAUGCGGGGGAAGAGCACGGCCUCCGUGUCCUGGGCUCCGUCCGCACAGAGCCACAACGGCAGCCUUGUGUCAGUGGUGUCUCUAACCUGCCUCAAGCCCAGCCUGAGCCAGCGUAUGGAGAACACAUACUGCUCUGAGGAAAACAUCACCAGUGACAUCAUCCCUAGCCUGACGCCCGGUGCUCAGUACAGAGUGGUGAUGUAUUACACUAACGGACCCCUCAUCAGCCCCCCCUCAGAACCGGUCAUUUUUGAUAUGGAGCCUACAGGAGUGCGAGACCUGGUGGUGUACCCGCUGAGUCCCACGGCAGUCAUUCUGAGCUGGCAGAGGCCCUACAACGUGGCCUUCCGCAAAUACGUCCUGCAGACCUUUUACUUCAACUCGGCCACGCAGGUCGCCCAGUGGACCACAUACUACGAGAUCGCUGCUACCGCCUCCGUCAUCGCCUCUGUGAGAGUGACCGAUCUGUUGCCUGCAUGGUACUACAACUUCAGGGUAACCAUGGUGACCUGGGGUGACCCUCCGCUCAGCUGCUGUGAUGGGUCCACUGUGAGCUUUAUUACUGCUCCCGAGGCACCUCACAUCUCGUCAGUGGAUUACUCCCACGGCGUCCUGUACGUGCGCUGGACCUACGGCGAUCUCUUCACAGAUCUGUCUCACUCCAGAAUGCUGCACUGGCAGGUGCUGGCUGAAGGAAAGAAAGGCUCCAGGAGACGUUUCUCUACAGACGUGACACGCAACGUAAUGAAGGCUGCACUUGUGCUUCCUCCUGGUGACAUCUACAACCUGACAGUCACGGCUUGUACCGAACGCAGCCGCAACACCUCCAUACCCCACAUCCUCAAACUGGAUCCAGCACCUCCCAAGUCCCUGUACGCCAUCAACGCUACUCACUCCGCCGUCACGUUGCUGUGGAGCGAGGAGGGAGUGGUGGACUUCUACCAAGUCAGCUGCAGGCAACUCGGACACAUGACACAACUCAAGGCUGCCGAGCCCCAGACUGCCCACUCCCAUGUGUUAACGGUGAACAACCUGCAGGCCUCCACCUCCUACAACUGCAGCGUGAUCAGUUACAGCUACAGCACACCCAGCGAGCCUGCCUACAUUACCAUCAGCACCCUGGCUCAUGAGAUGAAUCCCAGCGUAGCUGCUAUCUCAGCCCUGGCGGUGCUCAGUGUGCUGCUCAUCAGCCUGCUCGUGCUCUUUCUACUGGUGCUGCGCAAAAAACACAUGCAGAUGACCAGGGAAUGCGGGGCAGAAACCUUCGUCAACUUCGCCUCUUUUGAGCGUGAUGGGAAACUUCCUUACAACUGGCGAAGGAGCCUCUUUGCCUUCCUUACUCUUCUGCCAUCCUGCCUUUGGACUGACUAUCUUUUGGCUUUUUAUAUUAAUCCAUGGAGCAAGACUGCUCUAAAGAAAAGGAAGCUAACAAGCCCCGUGCAGCUGGAUGACUUCGAGGCCUACAUCAAAGACAUGGGCAAAGACUCGGCCUAUAAGUUCUCCCUGCAGUUUGAAGAGCUGAAGAGUGUUGGUCUGGACCUUUCACAUGAUGCUGCAGAUCUGCCUGUAAACAGACCCAAGAACCGUUACACCAACAUCUUACCCUACGACUUCAGCCGUGUAAAGCUGAUCUCUAUGCACAACGACGAAGGCGCCGAUUACAUCAACGCCAACUACAUUCCAGGCUACAAGUCAGCUCGCGAGUACAUCGCCACACAGGGGCCUCUCCCGGAGACGCGCAACGAUUUCUGGAAGAUGGUGAUGCAGCAAAACUCGCACGUCAUCGUCAUGCUGACUCAGUGCAACGAGCGCCGCAGGGUGAAGUGCGAUCAUUACUGGCCUUUUACGGACGAGCCGGUUUCCUACGGCGAGAUCACGGUGGAGAUGCUGUCUGAAAGCGAGUCUCCUGAAUGGAUCGUCAGGAAUUUCCGUCUCAGCUACGCAGACGAGGUGCAGGAUGUGCUGCAUUUUAACUACACGUCCUGGCCUGAUCACGGCGUGCCCACGGUGAACGCCAUCGAAAGCAUCCUGCAGUUUGUGCAGUUAGUGCGCCAGAAGGUGAACAGAACCAAAGGACCAGUUACGGUCCACUGCAGCGCCGGUGUGGGUCGUACAGGCACAUUUAUUGCCCUGGACAGGCUGAUGCAGCAUAUCCGGGAGCACGAGUACGCUGAUAUAUUGGGCAUGGUAUCAGAGAUGCGCUCGCAUCGACUCUCUAUGGUGCAGACAGAGGAACAGUACGUCUUCAUUCAUCAGUGCGUCCUGCUCAUGUGGAAGAAGAAAAAACAGCAGAGUCUCACCAGCGACGUCAUCUACGAGAACGUCACCAAGUCUUAGUAGCAGCCAGGCUCUAACGGCGCUCCGCACUCUCCUUUGCUUCAGGCAUUUAUUCUCUGCAUAAAGACCUACUACAUAAACACCAAAACAUAUAAAGACUGCAGCAGAGGAGUACAAGACACCACCCAAGCUAUUCUACAUGCUAUUGCCCCAACCAGCGAAGGCACAAUAGGACAAACAAACAUGCCUUAAGGAAUCCACCACAACAGUGUGUCCAGGCUGCUUGUUUUCAGCCGAGUCCCUGCAGCAGAUCCAGAGCCAGUGUGUUGUGGUGAGAGUGUGUUGAAAUUUUUGUCAGCUGGCCAAUAGGACAAAAAAACAAAAACAAAAAAAAAACAUUUAGCAUUUAGUUUUAUUCUCUCAGGAUCGUCUGUAAGCACCAACCCCCCAUCACCCAGCGCGGCUCGAGAAGGUCCACAUGCUCGACGUGGACGUCUCUGAAGACGCCGUCCUUUGUUCACGUACAUCCAGACUUAUCCUAGUGUUAGUAUUCAUUGCCUUGUUUCCUGAAGCUGCAUCAGACUCUUUAACCGUCACACUGCCACUCCCUGGAAGGGACAUUCAGUACAAAUGUGUGUGUGUGUGUGUGUGUGUGUGAGAUCAUUCCUUACUGCUGUACUACUUUCAAUAAGCUACUCGUCGGUACGACUACUAGAGCCCGAGGGCCUUCUGAGGUGAUGACAUUCAUCUGUCUGUCUGGUUCUGUAUACUUUGCACUGAUUAUCUGUACAUUAACGCUGUGCUAUAGCGAAAAUACGCAAGUCAUGUCUCUGUACCGCGCCUCCUCGUCCGUUCUCACCACGUCUCCUCCGGCUGGCUGAAGGAUAUCGUCGCUUCCUCAGUAAAGAACCUUAACUGAGCAAAGGAGCGUGUGGUGCAGUGAAGCUCUCGUAAUCCUGUUCCUUUAUAAGGAGGCCUGGCUGAUGCCAAGACUUUAAGCUUUCACAAAAAAAAGAAAAAGAAAGAUUUGCUUGGAUUUCACUUGGAGCUCACUUGGGUCCAACCAAUCCAGCGUGUGAAACAUAUCCUGUAUCGUGUAGAGAUAUGUAGGAUGUAAUGUUUAUUUUUUAACUGCUUUGAUUUUUUCACAGUGAAGCUCAGUAAAGCUGUUGGAGUUCCUCUGUGGCGGCCCGUGUGCGUGCUAACGUGUGGAAAAAGCGGAUCGUGUGGAAAUCUGUAUCUGUUUCAUAUCACACUGUUUCAGCAGCUGUAUUGCACGUUACCUUGUGUGUAUGUGUGUUGCAGAAUGUCUGCUCACGCUGGUACUGACACUGGUACUGAUGCUGGUAUUGACGCUGGUACCGACAUUGGUACUUACGCUGGUAUUGACACUGGUACUGACGCUGGUGCUGACGCUGGUACUGACGCCGGUACGGACAUUGGUACCGACGCCGGUACGGACAUUGGUACCGACGCUGGUAUUGACACUGGUACUGACGCCAGUACGGACAUUGGUACUGACGCUGGUACUGACCCCGGUACGGACAUUGGUACUUACGCUGGUAUUGACGCUGGUACUGAUGCUGGUGCUGACGCUGGUGCUGAUGCUGGUACUGACACUGGUACUGACGCUGGUACGGACAUUGGUGCUGACGCUGGUACGGACAUUGGUACUGACGCUGGUACUGACCCCGGUACGGACAUUGGUACUUACGCUGGUAUUGACGCUGGUACUGAUGCUGGUGCUGACGCUGGUGCUGAUGCUGGUACUGACACUGGUACUGACGCUGGUACGGACAUUGGUACUGACGCUGGUACGGACAUUGGUACUGACGCUGGUACUGACCCCGGUACAGACAUUGGUACUUACGCUGGUAUUGACACUGGUACUGAUGCUGGUGCUGACGCUGGUGCUGAUGCUGGUACUGACACUGGUACUGACGUUGGUACUUACGCUGGUAUUGACACUGGUACGGACAUUGGUACCGACGCUGGUACGGACAUUGGUACUGACGCUGGUACUGACCCCGGUACGGACAUUGGUACUUACACUGGUAUUGACGCUGGUACUGAUGCUGGUAUUGACACUGGUACUGAUGCUGGUGCUGAUGCUGGUACUGACACUGGUACUGACGUUGGUGCUGACGCUGGUAUUGACGGCGGUACUGACGGCGGUACUGAUGGUGUACACUGAAGUUUAUAACAGCAACAGAAAUAAAUGCGAUACUUGGAUAUCUCCCAUAAUAAGGUACAGUAUAAAGUCAUUCUAAGUGAAUGAUAUUCGGCUUAGGGUUUUAUGUACAAAGCCUUAAAGACGUCUCUUACGUCAAGAACAAUUGAUCAAAUCCAUGAUUAAAGUCUUGAUAUUUAUUGAUUUCUACAGCCUGCUAUACAGAGUAACAUCCUCACUGUAGUACAUGAGGAGAAUUUCACCGAUCCGUUAUCCAGUCCACUACAAAACUCCACAAAAACAGGAGAAGACCUUGGAAUAUAAGGGCAAGUGUUUUUACUCCUAAAAAUGUCGUUUUUUUAUUUUAUUUUUUUAAAACCAUUUCUUUCUUUAACGUAGUGUACGUCGCGCUGUGUCCAGUUUGUCUUUGGUGCCAUUUAUUGUGCAAUGCAUCACUUUAAGCCUGAGCUGAUUUCACACUCUUCAUCCUCUCGGUUUUGAUGUGUGGUUAUUGGAACAAAACAAUAAAGAAAAGUGUUGAAUCUGUU